CGUCACCAAUAACACACACACUGAGUGUUGUUUGGGUGGUUGAAACAAGGUGGUUAAGUCGUUGUGUGUGUGAGGGCAGGACGGUGUGAAGGUAGAGUGUGGGUGGAUGGGUGUUGUUCACGGGGGUACUACUCUGGCCAGUAUACCCCCGUUAGUGGUCGUAGAAGGUAGAUUUGUGGAUUAUAGAGAGGGUAUACUCAUGUAAGGAGUGAUCCUCGGUACUCCAGUGAGGGAUGAUCCUCAGUACUCCAGUGAGGGGGGAUCCUUAGUACUCCAGUGAGAGAUGGUCCUCAUUACUGCAGUGAGGGAUGCUCCUCAGUACUCCAGUGAAGGGUGAGACGCAACAGUCAAGGCAGUGAGAGAGUGGCGUUAGUUUGUUUAUAAGUGUGGCCGCUACAUAUCAAGUUUUGAAGCAAGCAAGUGGUUAUUUUGUGUUGUGUUGUGUGUGUUCUCCACUUGUCAAGGUCGCCUCGCUGACACUUAUCCUCCGUUACGAGGAAACAGUUAUGAAGUUUCAGGAAUCCUUUCUCACAUCCAGGAUCAAUCCUCAUCCUCUAUGGUCUCGGAGUGCACUGAUGGAGGACGGUGUGAGUGUAAGCUCAGCCUCCGGGGCUGGCUCCUCCUGCGCCUCCAGCGUCGGGGAGGAGGUUGUGUUGAGGAUCAACGUACCCGAACUCAAAGUGGAGAAGUGCCUCCAGUUCCACAAGGAUGACUUGGUGUGGGACGUGAAGCAGCAGGCGCUGGCGGCUCUGCCCAAGGUGGCGCUGUGGUACCGGGAGCUGCGGGAGAGCUUCAACUAUGGCCUCUUCUGCCCGCCCCAGAACGGUCGCGCUGGCAAGUUCCUCGAUGAAGAGCGACCUCUGGGAGACUAUCCUCUUCCCAGCCCCAUCGGCUAUCUCGAGCUGAAGUACAAGCGUCGAGUGUACAAGAUGCUGCACCUGGAGGAGAAGGCUCUGAGGGCCCUGCACACCCGUGCCAACCUCCGCCGCUUCCUCGACUACGUCAAGGAAAACAACGUCGAGAAAGUCAGCAAGAUGUGUGCCAAGGGACUUGACCCCAACUUCCACUGUCAGGACACUGGAGAGACGCCGCUUUCUCUUGGUGCUCGGAUCAAGAAGCCAUCAAGGAUGGUGGUGUCUAUUGUUAAUGGCGGAGCACUGCUGGACUACCGCACCAGGGACGGUGUCACAGCUAUGCACAGGGCCGUCCAGGCCAACAACUUCGAGGCUGUCAAGACCUUGCUAGAUCUUGGAGCUUCACCUAACUACCGAGAUGCACGUGGCUUGACACCUUUAUAUUAUUCUGUAAUUCAUGCCACUGAUCCACUGCUUUGUGAAGCUCUCCUGCAUGACUAUGCUGUGAUAGGUGCCUCAGACAACCAGGGCUGGCAGGAGACCCAUCAGGCUUGUCGAAACAAGAUGGUGCAACACUUGGAACAUCUCCUUUUUUAUGGUGCUGAUAUGAACGCUCAGAAUGCCUCUGGUAACACACCUCUUCACGUUUGUGCUGUUAACAACCUGGAAGACUGUGCUCGUGUCUUACUCUUCAGGGGAUGCAAUAAAAAUGCCAUCAACUAUGCCAACCAGACUCCAUAUCAGGUUGCCGUAAUUGCUGGAAAUAUGGAACUUGCUGAAGUGAUAAAAAAUCAUAGCAUAGAUGAUGUUGUUUCAUUCAAGGAGCCUCCUAAAUACAAUCCAAACCGUCGCAUCUCUGGGGCUCCUCUCUCCCGAACACAUUCAGACCCAAGAUUGGAAGUCAGUGCUUUAACAAAGCCACCGUCUCCUUCUCCUUCAAGUAGAUCCAUCCCACCCUUCAGCUCUGCUUCCUCCUUGAGCGAGACCUCAACAGGCAGCAGUUCCACGUGUACUCAUCCAAGUGAAAUGGAUUCUGAAGAGUGUGCCAGUGCUCUAGGUUCAGCGAGUCUUAAUGCUGCAGGUGUAGACUGCUGUGAUAUGGUGAGUGACAGCUCAGGUGUUUGUACCUCAAACAGUGGCAGUGCAGAGAGUUAUGAUGCAACCCCUACUGACAUCACUCAGUUUAACAUGGGUAUGCUGGUGGUGUGUUUGCAUCAGUACACUCCACACAAACCAGGACAUCUUGAUAUAAAUGCUGGAGACAUUUUGGAAGUAACUGGGAGCACAGAUGAUGGCAUGCUAGAAGGAGUGCUUCGCGGAAUUACAGGCCUUUUUCCACCACACUGUGUUCAAGAAGUGCGUUUACGUAAUCCUCAAGCUGUGAGAGAAUCCUUGAUUGCUCCUCAGGUGGCAAGGGUUCAGGGAAGAAGAGAGAUUAUGAUUCAGCAGCAUUAUGGUACAGCGCCACGGAUUAGAAAACCCAUAAACGAACCUCGAACUGUUGUCCUUCAUCGUGGUAAGAAGGGCUUUGGCUUUGUUUUGCGAGGAGCAAAAGCCACUUCUCCUCUUAUGGAACGGCCCAACGAGCGAGGUCCAGCCCUGCAAUAUUUGGAUGAUGUGGAUCCAGGAGGUGUAGCUGAUUUAGCUGGUCUCAAAAAGGGUGACUAUUUGGUCAAGAUUAAUGGAGAAGAUGUAUCCCAAGCUUCACAUGAGCACGUUGUGACGUUAAUUCGUAAAUCAGGUGACCUGGUCCAGAUGAUGGUCGUAACUCCGACUCCAAUCACCUUUAUGGCACAUAAGCCACCAAUUGGCAACCUGGGAACUAUCAGACGUGGGUGCCAGACACUCCCUCGAAAACUCCAUGCAGUGCGGUCGUCCCAAGCCCCCCCUGCACCCCCCCCAAGAGAUCCCAGAACAACCCUAAGUGUUGGACGAGCAAGAGCUAAAUCUAUGGUGGCUGGACUUCACGACAUUGAAGCACUGGAUGCCAGCAUGCGGGAAAAUGGAGAUUUGAUGUCUCGUUCAGCUGGCCAGUUUCCAAGUGGGAGACAAAAUGGAGCAGGUCACCAUGGUGUGAGUCAUUAUGGUACUCCACAAGGUACCCCUACAUUGGGCACACCUGUGGGCACUCCUCCAGGUCUCAAGGUUGCAUCAAUCAAAGUCCGACCUUCCUCAAAACGCAUGACUGCUGCGGAGGUGGAGGAUAUGUUGCAUAACUCCGGUUCCCUUCCUUCCUCACCCCCAAGCACUCCUACUGGUCGUUCCCCACAGGUGUAUGCCAGUGUGGCAGAGAUGAAGAAGGCAAAGGCCCUGAAGGCUCGGCAGUCAAUAGACCUCAGCAGACUACACAAAGAUUUCCACUCGACUCCAGACCUAAAGGCCGGGGUCACGGCAUCCCAGCUGGCCCUCACCAUCGAGGAGAAGCGCAAAUCUAUUUCACAGGAAGAUCUGUUUGUCACGGCAUUAAACGAACGCAAUUCACGACACUCCCUUGCGUGUCCGCCACUCCGCUCGAGCACAUUGGGGAGGACCACGGUGGGGUCUCUAGAGUCUAGAGAAUCAUGGCAUAGUGGUGAAGAUGGGACAGAGGAAGAAAGCAGUGAUUCUCCAAACUGUUCUCCUGGACCCAUUGAAUAUCGAAUGUUAAGACGAUCACAGUCAGCAGUUAAUACAACUAUGCUUCGCAAAGCUGGACUUCAUCCCCCACCAACUCAUCCCCCUCCACCACCACCUCUUGGGCAGCUUGUCAAAGUUGAUAUUAGUAGAUCCAAAAGUGAUUAUGCUACAGUUGGCCAGGCACCGUCAACUCCUGAGUCUAUGCCUGCAUCCCCAGUAAUACAGUCUAGUUUUCGACCUACAGACUGUGCCAAAUUAUAUGCAUCACCUGAGGAAAUCAAAGCUGUUGGUUAUCGUAGUCCUGAUAUGAUGGCUGCUUUAAAUCGUAAAAAUAAUGGUGUUAAGACACGUUCUCAAAGUUUACCACCAAGUACCAGUAGGCCUAGUGUUCAAAGGGGCUCUCCAGAAAAAGAUUCCUCCCUUGAUUCUGGGAUUUAUUCAACUACUUACUCAACCUUUCGGGGUACAGAGAAUGAAGGUACUAGAACUCAAGAAGCUCCAUCAUCCGUUAGUUCCCAGACAGCCCCAGUUAGUGAUGCAGUUACAUAUGCAAGGCCAAAAAAUAAUAAAAGUGUACAUGAUCUUAACGAUACAUCUUCUGCAAAUAAGGCAUAUACUGGACCAGGGUCUGUUGCCUCUCCUGUUCCUGACAUUCCUGAACCUGACUAUAGCUCAGAUGAAGAUCACACCUACAAUUCUCAGGAUGACUCACAAAGUAAGAAGACUAGAACAUUAAAGAAGAAAAAGCAAUCUGUUGCUUUUUCACAAAACUUAGUAACAACUGCAGAGUCAUCAGAUAUACCUCCCUAUGAAGCAUCUGACAUACCUCAUUAUGCUGCUCCAGCCAAGAACCCAACACCCCUAAGUAGCAACUUUAAGGAAAUGAUUGCCCAGAAAGUAGCAGAAAGACAAGCAAGGCAAGAUGAUGGAACUGAGGGUACAAGGUCUGCUACGUCUAGCCCCAAUAAGAAAGUUAAUGGUAGUAAUGGAAAUGGCAUCUCUGAUGUAAUUCAAGACUCCACAUCAUUUAAUAAACAGAAGGAAAAGACUGUUCCAACUGGAACUAAAGUGAGACCUGUUCCAUCUGUGCAAAGGGACGAUUCUAAAUCUAAGAUGAAAAACUCUCAUUCCUGUCCCAGCGAGUUCUUAGAGGAUGGUGAUAAUUCAUCAAGUGGGGUUAGCUCAGAUCAAGACGUUCAUCCAGAGUCCAAUUAUGUAACUGUUAUAAACACAGAGUCUGACACCAUCUCUGCAAAUAAUUCAGAGAGAUUUGGUAGUCAUGGUUCACGAGAUGACAGUUCUGAGGCUUCUGAAAGUUCUGAUGAAGCUAGUGACCGCACAUGGAUUUUAACCAAUGAAAAGGGGGAUAGAAGUGACUCUGGUAAGGACAGUGACAGCAAUGGAUCUCGAAGAACAGGUACUCUGACAAGAAAUGCAGUGUCACUGGUGAAGUUACCUCCUCCACAAGAGACAACUGAACCUGAUAUAGAAACAGAAUUAACUGUUAUAGAUACAGAACUGGAAGUGGGACAAGAGUGCAUUAUGUCCCGAUCAGUUGAUCAAGAUACUAUUAGCACAUUGUCUUCCUUGAGUAGUUUGUCUUCAGGUUCUGGCAGUACAGGGGAGCGAGACAGACAGCAACUCCUGCACAAUGUUCCAGUAUCCAUGUCUGCUCAAAUGAGAUCCACUCUUCCAAGACUUUCAUCGAGUACUUCAGGCUCCAGAGCCAGCUGCACUCCUCCAGUUAGUCAAGCCAUUAAAGCGACAGUUGGAGGAUCACUGAAUCGUAGCAGGUCAGCCUCAAGGGACCAACAUUGGGGUACUGAUGGAGACCUACAUCCCUUUAGGGAGAAGAGUGCACCUCCCACAUCUCGUUCAAGUACUUCAGACAGGAGCAUCUACAAGAAAAGCACAAAUGUUGACACAGGUGAAGCAGAAUAUGAAAGGAGUAUUGAAGAAUCCCUCCAGUUAAUACGAAUGCAUAUGGAUUCCUUAAAUGAAGUAAACUCCUUGGCGGGAGUGUCGUUGCCGGAACAAGCUGGGGCAGGUGGUGAGAUGGUUCUGGCACCACCACCAGAAUUCUGUGACAUGUCUUUAGGUGAACCACAGAACAGGAAAAAUAAGACUGUUAUUCAUAUUUCUAGUGAUGAUUAUGAUCUCCCAGGAAAUGCCAUAGGAAGUAGGCAUAGGGAUGAAGAUGAAAUGCCAGGAUUCAGACGUAAAACACUAACUGAAUGGACCACACGUGACACAACAGAGUGGCUUGAAAGUAUCUUUAUGCCUGAGUACAAAGAUUCUUUUGAGGAACAAGAUAUAGAUGGUAGAAAAUUGAUGGGUAUAAACAAUGAUACACUUAUUAAUUUAGGAGUGAGAAGAGUUGGUCAUAGAGUUAACAUGGAAAAAUCGCUAAAACGAUAUAAACCUACUGAAAGAAUUGAUCUUUGAGUUCAGAAAAUCAUGUGGUUACUUAUUAUAAAUGUAUUCAGCACAUUCAGAAACAAAAUGAGAUUAUGUAUUUGUGAUGUAUUAUACUCUUGGCAUCAUAUGCUUAUUGGGAUCAGUAAUUUUUCCACAAAAAAUCAGAAAUAAUUUUAUGACUGGUUGGUGGUUAUACAUCGAUAAAACCCUCAGGUUUACCAAAAAUAUUUUUCCUGGAGAUGACCUCUUGUCCAUUUUUUAUUCACAAGUUUUCAUGAUCAUUUUUCAUGAGUCCUUCAUUCUUCAUUCAGACUAGUUUUGAGUGUUCAGAAGACAUAGCUGUAACCUUUUUCACUUAUAACGUCCAACUUGUAAACAUUAUCGCAGGAAUAGACAAUAACCAAAUAGAAAUCUUAUUCCUUAUUUUAA